AUGGGACAACACAACAUUGGACCAGGGGUUAUACCCUUCCCGGACGAGACGUACUGCCCAUGCGAGGAGCCGCGGCCUCCGCGCAUCACGGAGCACCCCAGCGACGCGCUGGUGUCGCGCAACGAGCCGCUGACGCUCAACUGCCGCGCCGACGGCCGCCCGCCGCCUUCCGUGUCGUGGCUCAAGGACGGCGCGCCGCUGGCGCUGGACGGCUCCCAGCAGCACCGCGUGCUGCUGCCCGCCGGCUCGCUGCUCUUCCUGCGCGUGCGCAAGGAGGCCGACGCCGGCGUCUACCGCUGCGUCGCCAGGAACGCCGCCGGCGUCGCCUACUCGCGCAACGCCACCCUCUCCGUCGCCUACCUCCGCGAGGACUUCCGACCGGAGCCGAAGGACACCCGGGUAGCCGCGGGAGAGACAGCGUUGCUGGAGUGCGGCCCACCCAAGGGGCUGCCGGAACCAGCGCUCAUCUGGAGAAGGGACGGGCAGCCGCUGGACCUGCGCGCCUCCACCAGGCUCCGCCUGGUGGACGGAGGGAACCUGCUCAUCUCUGACGUCCGUCAGGCAGACGAGGGCCAGUACCAGUGCGCGGCGCAGAACAUGGCGGGCUCCAGGGAGUCCAAAGUCGCCAAGCUCACCGUCAACGUGAAGCCGUUCUUCAGCAAGGAGCCGGAAGACGCGACGGUGUUGGAGGGCGGCGCCGUGCAGUUCGAGUGCCGCGUGGGCGGCGUUCCGGCGCCGACUGUGCUGUGGCGUCGCGACGACGGCCGGAUGCCGGUGGGCCGCGCGCGCAUCGCCGACGACAAGUCGCUGCGCAUCGACGGCGUCGCCGCCGACGACGAGGGCGUCUACAUCUGCGACGUCGAGAGCCCCGCCGGCAGGAUCUCCGCCAGGGCGGCGCUCACCGUGCACUCGCCGCCCACGUUCUGGCGCCGGCCAUCGGACGCGACGGUGGCGGAGGGCGGGGAGACGUCGCUGCCCUGCGCCGCCCACGGCCGGCCGCCGCCCUCCGUCUUCUGGGCGCGCGAGGGCUCGCGCCGGCUGCUCUUCCCAGGCAGCAGCGGCAGCGGCAGCUCCCAGGAGCAGGGACAGGCGCAGGAUUCGGUCGAAGGCCAGCCGCGCCUCGCCGUGGCCGCGGACGGCACCCUGACUCUGCGGGCCGCCAAGCCAGAGGACGCGGGCCGCUACGUCUGCUCCGCCGUCAGCGCCGCGGGAUCUGCCACCAGCAGCGCCGAGAUACAGGUUUUGGCCCCUGGCGACGAGCUUCCUCCUAUUAUUGACAUCGGCCCUCGAGAUAUGGAGAUCGCACCAAAGGGCACAGCAGUGUUUCAUUGCCUCACGGCUGGUACCGCGAAGACAUCCGUGCAGUGGCAGAAGAAUGACGAUCCUCUGGUUCCCGGUGGGCGGAUAGUAGUGCUGGUCAACGGAACGCUUGUCAUCAAGGAGGUGCAGCCGUCGGACGUGGGCAAGUACAGCUGCUGGGCAGCUUCCGGUGGCGGCCGCAGCAUGCAUUCGGCGCUGCUGUCGCUGAGCGAGACGCCGUCUGGCUCGGCAGCUGGGGUGCCCUGGAGCGCCGCGGCGCUGCCUCCGGCGCCGUCACAGCCGCGUGUCGCUGACGUCACGGAUACGUCACUGACGGUGACGUGGCGGCCCGUGGAGGGCCACGUACUGGGCUACACCCUGGAGUACUGCUGCCCGGACCUGCACGGCGGGUGGGUCGUGGCCGGCAGGAGGCUGCCUCCAGACACCUUCACCGUGGAGGGCUUGCGGCCGGAUACGCGCUAUGCUGUGGUGGUGCGUUCCGAGACGCCCGCGGGAGUGUCACGCGCCAGCCCCCCGUCGCACCCCACGCGGACUCUGCCCCCGGGGGGCGGCAGCCGCCCCCACUCCCAGGAGCAACGCCGCCUGCAGGCCGCCAGGGAGGCGCUCGGCCGCCUGCAGAUCCUCCUCAAUGCCGCUCAGCCCAUCAGCUCAAAUGCGGUGCGACUUCGCUGGCAGGUGUUGGGCGCUGAGGAGCUGGUGGAGGGCGUGUACGUGCGCUACCGCGACCUGUCGGCGGCCGAGCCUUCCUUCGGCCUGGUGACCGUGAUGAACGCGGGCGCCACCGGCUACACCGUGUCCGGGCUGCGCGCCUUCACGCGCUACCAGUUCUUCCUGGUGCCCUUCCACAAGGCCCUCGAGGGCCGGCCCUCCAACACCAUCACGGCACGCACCCUCGAGGACGCUCCAUCAGCAUCCCCAGAAAAUGUGCGAGUGAGGAGGCUCAAUUCUACUGCAGCCAGUAUCUUUUGGGAUCCUGUUGCGCCUGAGUAUCUAAACGGAAUGCUUCAAGGAUACAAUGUGCUGGUGAUGGUGAACGGCAGCAGCGUCUUCGCGCACCUGUCCGUGAACGCCAGCACGGCGUCCUUGCUGCUCAACAACCUGACGUCGGAUAACGUGUACAGUGUGCAGGUGUCGGCCUACACAGUGGUCGGUUCCGGGCCCUUCUCCACGGCUGCCGCGCUCGGGGGCGAUCGAAGUUCUCCCAGGGUUCAGCCGAGCAGGAGCGUCCACAGCGUGGUGCAGGAGACGUGGUUCCCCGCGGUCAUCGUGGGCCUCGUGCUGGCCGUCUCUCUGGCGCUGUCCGCCGGCUACUACCUGAGGCACCGGAAGGCCAUCAAGAAAGACAUCAGCAACCUGAACGUGAUGAACGCAAACGACAUCUGCCAGCUGAAACUGACGGACGGCAAGGACACGUUGUGGAUCGACAGCGGCGUCGGCGUGGGGGGCGACAGCGCGUGGGGCGGCGCCGAAGCGAAGGCGGCGGCUCUGGGGGCGGCGCAGACGGCCAAGGAACUGGCCGCCGCCCACGCUGAGUACGCCGAGGUGGACGCCCGCGGACUGCUGCUGGCGCUGCACCCCAGGCCUGCGCCGUAUGCCACCACCAGCCUGCUGCCCGCCAGGAGGGACGCCGAGGACAUGUGCCAGACAACGCAGAAGUCGGAUCACGAGAUGGAAAUGAAGACAUCCAACUCCAGCGGCUCCUGCGCAAAUACCGUUCUACUGAGUUCGGACACAAACUCUUGCGCUGGAUACAUGUCAAGCAGCUCUUGUUCCGAAGACAAGAACUUUUAUCCAGAUAACAUCGGCAGGCACCCAGAGAACUGCACCCACGUACACAGAAGCAACUGGUCGGAGCUACCACUGCCUUCAGACACGGCCAACGGCAACGUGAGCUGCCUUCUGCAGCCGCAGUGCCGCAGAGUGUCCAAUGAAGGCAAGAUGAGCAACCUCAACGGAGCCGAAGAGUGCAAUGCAAACACUCCGCUUCUGAGCGGGCACAACUCGUGUUCCAGGGAGGAGACGCCUCUCACUCACCUGCCACGGGUUGAUACAGCCGACUUCAACAUACGGCCAGUGCCACCUGACAGAAGGAGUUCUCUGUGUGAAGACGGAUACGCCAGCGUGUGCUCCGUGUACAACGACCCAGUCAGAUACACAAUGGUGCCGGAUCAUCACCCCUCGUUUCCAGGUUUCCUAGCGGCCUGUGAGUCGGUCACGGCUUUCGGAAAUGGCGGCGAACACAAGUACAGCCAGUGUCACCCGCAGCACAAGAGGCACCACUGCCACAGGCAUUCCUUCUACCACAGGUCGCAGCGCUGCUGCAGGCAUAACCCGCAAGGUGGCAGCCUGGAACAGCGGGAGUGUGACCACGCCCCCGCAGGGGGGAGGUGCGGCAGCGAGUCCUGCUGUUCCUCUGGCGACGUGGGCUGCCUCUACACCGAGCCCAGGAACUUCCCGCGGCAGGAGGGCGGUGCGUGCCGGCACCGCUGCCGCCGCCGCUGCCGCGUCCCCCGGCGCUGUCACCAUCAGCGACCCGCCUCCCCCACCGCCAGCUCCGACUCCGGCAGCGGCUGCGCCGGGGCGCCCUCGCCCAUGGAGGACGUCGAGCCCGCCACAGACGAGCUUCCCGGUUACGCGAAAUUGGAUUACCCAAACUCCCAGUCACCCAACAGCGAAACGAGUGCUAGCGUAGAAGAUGGGCACCGAAUCCACGAAACUUGCUCAGACGAGAGGUGCGGCCGUAACAACCGGAUUUCGUGGACAACGUCCAGCUCCGCGGAUGCCAACAACUCUGUGUCGGAUGUGAAGUAUACGGUCUGAUUUACGAAUCUUGCUCAUAGUGUGAUGUCUGUUUACCAUGUGUGAUUUUAAAAAAAGAGAUGAAUCUCUGGUUCGUCUGACGAAACGUAAUACUUCAUUUUUGAUGUAUUUUACAAAUUAGUUUUAGACACUCAUACCUGUAUCAAAUGUUUUGACUGUGUAUUUUAGUACUGUAAAUACGUUUUGUAGAAUACGAAAAUGUUGCUUAGAGAAGCAGCAUAAAUAUAUCUGUGCAAAGCAUACGUAUUGAAUAUAUAUAUAUAUCAUGUACAACUGUUUGGAAUAAAUUUUCGGAACAAUUA